AUGAAAAUAACUUUAACUCUAUGUUUGAUAGCACUUGUUUGCUCACAGCAAGUGUUGAAGUCAAAUGAAUGUAAUGAUUGUGGUCUUUUUAAAUCACAAACUGAUUGUGAAGGUUACAAGGCAGUAACAUGCGAAUGGAUUGCAGCAGCUGGAACAACAGCAGCUAAAUGUUAAAAAAAGACAGGAACUUAAUAAGGCACAUACAAAGCAUAUUGUGAAUUAAUUGAUAAACCAGAAACAAAUUGCUGGAAGACAUUUGGAUGUGCUUAUUUAGAUUCAAAAUGCGUCCAUUUCGCAGGAUGUUCGGCUUACGUUAAAACUACUGUAUCAGAGUGCCAAGCUAUCUCAUAUCGUUGUGUGAGUGAUGGCGCAGCUUGCAUUGAAGCUUAAGAAUGCGGCAAAUACACUUAAAGUCAAUGCGAAGGUACUCCAAGCAUUUCAGGAAUUUUUAAAUGCAAAUACGAUACCACUACAAAUCAAUGCAGAGAUUAUGCAUGUUCAGAAGCAGAUGUAAGUUAUACUACUGAUUAACAAUGUAAAGAUUGGUAAUCAACUUGUGUCACAAGAGGAAAGGGAUGCUGGUCAUCACCCCUACCAAAUUGCUCAGCUUAUACAGGAACUGAAGAUGAUUGCAAGUCUUAUAUCGGUUUUGAUGGAAAAUGUGAAUUGGCAAAAGACACUACUAAUUGUAAAGCAAGAGAAUGCACUGGAGCCUCAAAAUCAAUUUCUACAGACGAUGAAUGCAAAGAUUAUUAAAAAGGAUGCAUAACAACAGGAAAGGGCUGCUAUUUAGGAACAGUCAAACCACUCUGUUCAACUUAUGAUGGUGAUAAUACAAGUUGUGUCGGAUAUAUUGGAUCUGAUGGAGUUUGUGAAGGAGAUGCUGGAGGUACAAAAUGCAGAGCAAGAAAAUGCGAGAAUGCAAGCUUCAAGACUGAUGAUUAAUGCAAGGAUUAUUAAAAGACUUGUGUGACAAACGGUGUUAAAUGUGUGAGUGCUUUACAAAAUUGUAACACAUACAAAGGUACUGCAACUGCAUGCAGUGCUUAUAUUGGAUUGGAUGGUUACUGCACAGGUACUAGCACAACAGUUGAAGCAAAUUGCUCACCAAAAGUAUGCGACUAAGCAGGUGAUACUUUGACUACUGAUGAUGCAUGUGAUAAAUAUUAAAAAGGAUGUGUAACAACAGGUAAAGGAUGUUCAACUAAGGCUGCAUUAAAAAAGUGUACUGAAUAUGACGGAGAUUCAACUGCUGCAUGCAAUCCAAGAGUAGGAUCAGAAGGUAGAUGUACUUGGAAGACUGGAGCUAAAUGUUCACCUAGAGAUUGUGCUUCUGCUCCUUCAUCAACAAAUACAAAUCCACUUUGUGCCAAUUGGUUCACUAAUUGUGUAACAACUGGAUCUGGUUGUGUAACUGCAACCACCUGCGAAUAUACAGUUAAGCAAUAAAGUUGUGAAGGAACAAAAGAUUGUAAUUGGUAGCCAAUAUGUACAAGUAACUCACAAUGUUCAAAGUUUAAGAAGAAGGCAAUAUGUAUGGCUAAUACAGCUAGAGUUUUUGAUGGGUAUUCCGAUGAAGAGCGGACAAUUGAAAAAUGGGUAACCAAAAAAUGUGGUUGGGGAUCUUUAGGUUGUGAAGAGCUUUAAUGUUCUCAUCUCACUGGAUCUUUUUACAGUACUCAUGCUAAUUGCUAAAAUGAAUUGAGUUCCUGUAUUAGUAAUGGAGUUGAUGCAUGUAUUACCAAAUCAGAUUGUCCAAAAUUGAAAGGAACAAAAGAUACUUGUAGAGGUUAUCCAGGAUAUUGCACAAAUACAGAUACAGCAACCGAAACAACUAGUUGUACUUAAAGAUUAUGUACAGAAAAUACCGAUGCAUAGGAUAAUCCAUCCUGUGAAACUUGGAAUCCAGGAUGUAUCAGUACUGGCAAAGGUUGUAUUGUAUAUACUACGACUUGUACUUAAUUAAAAGGGGAUAGAGAUACAUGCAAUAAAUUGUUUGGAUACAAAUCAGGAUCUAUAAAUAAUUAUUAAACAGAGUAAUGCUAUAAUGAUUCAACUGCAACUGCAGAUUCAUUUUGUAAGACAAAGACAUGCAUAAUGGCAUCAGGAAUGCUAGAGGGCUAAUGCGAUGGUUUCUUAUCAGGAUGUGUAUUUGAUGGAAAAGAUAGUUGUGUAAAUGCAGAUACUGCUACUUGUGGCGAUUAUUAUGGUGUUUUAUCAUUCUGUGAAGGAGUGAAAAUCAAAAAUUAGCCUGAUAAAUAUUGUUUUGGUACAUCAACUGCUGCAAAAUGCACAACAAGAAGAUGUGAAGAUAACUAAGAUGCUAAUACAACAGAUGAUGCAUGUGAAUUAUUCAAAUCAGGUUGUGUUUCUAAAUCUGGAACAGGAUGUGUGGAUAAAACAACAAUAGCUUGCUUAUCAUAAACUGGAACAAGUGACACAUGUCCCAAUUUCUCAGGUAGUACAGGAAAAUGUCAAAGAUAUAAUUCAUGUUUGGAUAGAGCAUGCGCUGAUCUAACAACUGCCACAAGCCAUUAAGAUUGCAUGAAUUACAAAUCAACCUGUAGAUUCUUAAAAACAGGAUCAGCUUGCAUAAAUUACAAUACAUGUGACUAAUAUAGUGUUCCAGAUUCAUCAGCAACAGCCUAAGCCAAAUUCGAAUACUGUACUUAAAUCACUGAUUCAAGUGGUAAAUUUUGUGGAUAUAAAACUGGAAACAACUGUGCAGCUAGAACUUGCGAUCAAAUUUUAAGUUCUUAUUCAACAGCAAGUUUGACAUGCGCAACUUAUAUUUCUAAAACUACUACAGGUUCUGGAACCUGUUUAUUGGCUGGCACAGGAGCUACAUCUGUAUGCUAUGCUCCUUUAAAUACUUGCGCCUAUACUCAUGGUAUAACAACAACUGAUGACAAUAAAGUAGCAGAGUGCUAAAAAUAUGUUAAUGACACUAAUGUUAAAUGUACUUGGAUAAGUGGAACAACUUGUACGAUUUAAUCCACAUGCGAAAAGGUUAUUACUUAAACAGAUGAAAAGACCUGCAAUGAUUUCUUGUAUACUACUGGUAAAGGUGUCUGCCAAAAAGUGACUGAUUCCACUUGUUUAACUACAGUAGCUACUGGAACAACAGGUUGUGCUAGUUAUAAAAUAGAUUAAACAAAGACAGAUGCCUAAAAGAAGGCACUUUGCUAAAGUUUAUAUACUAUUGAUAAUGUAACUAAACAUGCAGCAGGAGAUGGUAAAUUUACAAAAUGUAUUUAUAAAACUGGUGAUACAUGCUCUAAUAUUACUACUUGUGCUGAAAUUCCGUCAGCAGUUAGUCAAGCUGAUUGUGAAAACUAAUUGAGUGGCUGUUUAUAUUUCAAUGGAUUAUGUUAUGCUGUUACAGCACCUGCAUGCUCUAAUGCUGCAAUUCCAACAAGUGCUACUACUGAUACGUUAAAAUCAUUAUUUUGUCAUAGUAUGAAGGUGGGAUCCGAUUAUUGCAAACUUAAUGCAGGUAAAACUGCAUGUGAAGCUAAUGCAGAUACAGAUUGUACCUCAUUUGACUCAGCAGGUGUUACUGGGGGAUAAUGGGAUAGUGCUGUUAUUACUACAGCCAACUAUUGCGCAGCGUAAGCUGACAAAACAAAAACGAAAUUUUGUAAAGUUGGAACAGGUACUGCUUGUGCUGCUGCAACAUGUGAGGAUAUUCCAAACCCAUAAAGUUAAGGAGAUUGUGAUAAUAGAAUACUUGGCUGUGCCUUUUCAAAUGGAAAAUGUAGAACAAAUGUUACAGCAGAGGCAGCUUGCACUGAUGCUGUUGUUCCUACUGAUAUUACUGUAGCAAGUGGAAAAACAACAUUCUGCUAAUCCAUCACUAAAUCAAAUAAACCUUGUACAUAUGAUGAGUUCAAAACUGGACCUGAAACUAAAUGUGCAGUUACAGGUGCAUGCUCAACAUAUGCCACAUUACCAACUGAUGCAACUGCAAAGCCAACUUAUUGUCUUAGUAAAGUAGAUGACAAAUUUCAUAAGUGCGCCUUUACAACAGGAGAAUCUAAUUGCAGAGAUUUUGACUGCUUCGAUAUCACUAACGCAACAUCACAAAUUUCAUGUGAUUUAGGAGUUCCUGGAAAGACAUGCACUUAUAUUUCAGGAACCUGUUACAAUACAACUGAUGGAUGUGCUAAAAUUCCAGCAUCAGGAACAGAUAAGAAAGCAUAUUGUGACUCAUUAACAUCAAAUAGUAUUAAAUGCACAUACAUUUCAGGAGCUAAUUGCACUCCAAGAUUAUCAGAUUGUAAAACUUACGAUGUUACAGAUGCAACUAAUAAAUCAACUACAUGCAACUCAUUGAAAGAUACUUCAAAUGCAGAGUGCACUUAUGUUUGGGGAAAUAACUGUGCAAAAUUAGGUGCUUGUGAUACUUAUAUUGGUACAACUGAUGUAAGCUAAGGACCAGAAACUGGUAAUGAAGAGACAUAAUGCAAGAGUUUGAAAGAAGCUACUAGAACUUACCCAUGUAUAAAACAUAAAACAGCUGCAAAAUCAUGCAGAGCUCAAGAGUGUGCUGAUAAUGAUGGUGAUGAAACUGGAUGCAAAAGUAAUGUUGUAGGUUGCCUAUAUUAUCAAACUAAAUGUAUUACAAAGACUGCUUGCUCAUCAUAUACACUCCCAGGAGAUUUAGCAGAUGAUGGUUAAAAGAAAUCAUGGUGUGAAGGUGUUACUGAUUCAAGUGACAAUAAAUGCAAAUUGGAUGGUACUAAAUGUGCAGCUAGAACAUGCAGUGAUGCACCAACAGCCCGUUUCUAUACUAAUUAAGAUUGCAAGAGCUAUUUGAAAACUUGUAAGACUAAUGGUUCAAAAUGUAUAGAUGAUACUACAUAAUGUACUUCUCUUACUGGUAACCAAAACUAUUGUCAAUAUUUAUUCGAUAGCACAGCUAAAGAUUAUUGUAAGGUAAAUACUGCUGCUGUCACAUCUGGUGCUUGCCAAACUAGAACUUGCUACGAUAAUGUGACUUCAUAAUCUGAUCCAGAUUGUGACAGUUGGUUGAAGGGCUGCGUGACUAGAGGUACUGGAUGCAUUCCAAAAGACAGACCUUGUUCUGAGUAUAGAGGAACAAAAGAUAAAUGCGAAGCUUUCAAACAAUUCUCUCAUUAUGAUAACACGAAUAAAGUUGAUGUGUACAUUCUAUGCUCUGGAGAUGCUGGAAAUACAGAAACAAGUUAUUGCAAAGACAGAAAAUGCUCAGACAAUACUAGUGCAACUUCAGAUGACGAAUGCAAGGCCUAUCUAACUGGCUGCGUAACAAAAGGAACUGGAUGUGUUGAGAAAUCAGCUGAUUGUUCAGCCUACAAAGGACUUAAAGAUACUUGUGCCAAAUUUAUGGGAACAAAUGGAAAUGAUUAUUGCUAUAAUACAGCUGGUGCUACAGAAACAACCUCUUGCCAAAAGAAGAAAUGUACAGAUAUAACAGGAACUACCAAUAAAGAAUGUAGCGAUGGAAUGAAACCAUUUAAAGCCACUGACAAUCCAUUCUGUGUCUAUAAUGGAACAGGUUGCGAAUCCUAUGGCAAGAAAUGUGAAGAAUUUAAAGGAACAGAAAUAACUUGCCAAACUUAUAUUGCUACAAAUGGACCAUGCAAAUCAACAAGUGUUGGUACAAUUGUUGGAAAUUGUGCUAGAAAAGUGUGCACAGAAGCACCAAAUACUUUGAAAACAGAUAAGGAGUGCAAGGAAUACCAUUCUUCUUGUUUAACUAAUGGUUAUGGAUGUACUGAAACUUCAGAUUGCAGUACUUUGAUCAAUUAAGAUUCUUGUAAAUCAAGACCUGAAUGCACAUGGGCUAACUUCUGUGAACCUAAAAAAACAGGAUGUUCUGCUUAAAGUGGCACAAGUCAAUCUAAUUGUAUUAACACAGUCAUAACAGUCAAAGUUAAUGAUGUAGACGUUAAAAAGUAUUGUGCUUGGACAGAAUUAGGUAAAGUAUGUAGAGAUCAGAAAUGCGAGGAUCUAGCUGCAUCUAUCAACACUCACAAAUAAUGCAAUGAUUUCGAUGGCAAUUGUACAACCACAGGUGCUGGUUGCAUCACCAUGACAGCUUGCUCAGGAUAUAAAUAUGAAUCAAUUUGUAAGAGCGCCUCAUAUGUUAAGAAUGCUUUGACUAAAGAAUUGGGUAGAUGUGGAUGGGAAAACAAUAAAUGCAGAGAAAGAGCAUGUUCAGAUCUAAGUGCAACUACUGAUGCUGAAUGUGACGCACAUUUGACUGGUUGUAAAACAAAUGGCACAGCGUGUGUUUCAGCACAAACCUGUGGUGAUUUCAAGUCCAAAUAAUACUGUCUCUCAUCAAAGAGCGGACCUUGUCUUUGGGUUGAAUCAACCUGCUAUGAUUAUGAUAGAUGCGAAGAUGCUCUAUUUAAAACUUUCGAAGCUUGUUAAGCCUUCUCUCCACUUUGUACUACCAAUGGCGAAACCUGCAUACCAAUUACAUCUUGUGAGAAAACUGUCUUAAAGGCAUCAUGUAAUAAGGGAACUGAUGGUGACUGUGGAUAUCUACCAACUGAAAAAUGCAAGAAAUUCGAUAAAUGUUCCGAUGCAGUCUCAAACGAUUAAAAUACAUGCUAGGCAUAUGGUGGUUGUAUCACAGAUGGAGUUACAUGUGUGGCUAAGAGUAAAUGCGCUGAUUACAAAACAGAAAUUGCAUGCAAAAAUAAUCUUGGUACUGAUGGUAUUUGUUUCUGGAAUGGCUCAGCAUGUAAGUUGAAGGAAUGCUCAGAUCUUACUGGAACUACUAAUGAAAGUUGUAAAUCUCAAGUUGUCAGUAGUGGUACCUGCACAACUGAUGGAACUAAAUGUAUCCCUCUAGGACUCUGCUCAAGUUACCUCGAACCUGGAUGCUUCACAGGAACAGACGGAACAUGCAUCUACUCCUACCCUGUUGGUUAAACUACUGGAACCAAAACAUGUAGAUUAAAGUAAUGUGAAGACAUAGAUAAAGGAACGAAUAAUUCAGCUUGUACUAAUGUUAUUACUGGUAAAGAAUGUGUUUCUAAUACAAAGAACUGUAUCCCUAAAGCAGCUUGCUCAACCUACAAAACUUUGGAAGCUUGUAAUGGAGGAGGAUUGGAUGGUACUAACAAGGUUGUUUGUGCUUUCACACCCAAUUCAGCUACUGAUAAAGUUAAUGGAACUUGCAAGACCUUCACACAAUGCUCUGAUGCAAAUUCUGACUCUAUCGCUUGUGGAACUAACAAGAGUUGCAAAUGGAGUUAAGCUGGAACUACUACAUCUUGUGUUUCCCAUACUUGCGACACCUUUGCUACUGUUACAGAUUGCUAACCAGUCCCUAGCUUUGACGCUAAAAGCUUCACUGUAUGUACUGUCCAAAACGGCAAGUGUACACCUGGAGAUCCAGGCACCAUGACAGAUCCAAAGAUAUGCUACUCAAAAUCUGCAUAUACUUACACAUGGAAUUCAGCAACCAGCAAGUGUGAGAAAUGUUUAGCUGGAUCUACAUAACCAAAUAAUUCAAACAAUAAUUCAAGUAAUGGCAACACUACAGAUCCCAAUACAGAUGAUUAUGGCAUGAUUCUACCAAUCAUUACUUUGAGUCUUUUUGGAAUUAUGGCCUGAUUAUGAUUUUAUUAUAUAUAGGGAAAAUUUAAACAAAUAUUCAAAAAAAAAA